AUGCUGCAGAGACCAAGAGAUGCGGCCAAGAGCGCUACAAGUCUUGUUUCUCGGGAUGUUUCUUGUCCAUCUCAUGGCAGGAUCAUUGCCGAGAGCUCUAGAUCUGGAAAACCAACUAUCUCCAUCCUCCGACCGAGAAUAAGCCACUUUACGUACGCCACAAAGUCCUUCCCAUUCGCUGAAUGGGGCCUGUGCGAGAAAGAAGAAAUAAGACUCCUCUAG